GGAGUAUAUUAUAUUUAGGGGCUAGGGUUUAUGUUCGUCUCCAUUCAAUCGAUAUAACCAACUAAUCGUAAUCUCCGAUCAAGCUAAUUGAGAGAUGGAUAGCAGUCGAAGGGGAUAUGAAUAUCGUCAUCGUUUUUUUACGGAUGGCGAUAUAGUUUCAGAUGAUAUACUUUCAAUAUUCAAUUACGAUCACAUAAAAACCUUGUUCUUGUUUGAGCUCAGAACAAAUUUUAUAUUGAAAAGGAUUGAUGUUGAAGACGAAGAAGAGAUUAUCGCUUCCGAGAGGCUCGUAAUCUGCCAUGUUCACUUUAUGAAAUGGUGGAUAUUGAAAACCUAUUUGGGUGACAGACUGGAAGAAUACUGGAUGCCUGACGAUGAAAUUGAAAAUUUGCUUGUUGGCGCCGCCAAUUUUGCAGACGAAAGAGCUGCCGUUCCCGGCCGCCGCCGUGAGAUUCCGGUGGUUGUGGCCGUCGACGUGUUGACGGUGCAGCAGGAUGGGGAACUGCUCAGCGCUGCGGUGAGUAGGGCAAUUAGGCCGGAGUUUAUGUACCCGUUGGAGCUGUGGCCACGUCCUCCGGUGGCUGUGACGCAGCGGCAAGAUGUCUGCCGCCCGCUCAAGAGUUUCCUGUGGUCACUAAGAAAGAUUCGUGUGACUGAUGUUGAGGAGGGAUUGCGUGUGAUGGAGGAGUGCCAUAUUUGUCUGAAUAGUCCGACGAUCGGGGAUCGGAUAUCGUUGAUCCCAAACUGCGGUCAUGCUUUUCAUAAUCAUUGUCUUGUCAAAUGGUUGACGUGGAGCGAAACCUGCCCUGUGUGCCGUUGUGAAGCACAUCCGUAUCGUCCAACAAAUCCCUAUUACAUGUUUGGACCUUGAAACUGGUAAUUGGUAAAUGUCCUGUUUUU